AUGGCGCGCCCCAGCCUGCCCGACUUGAAACCGUCGCAUCUCUGCCCUAAGCACCCGUUGCCAAAAGCCCUCGACGCCCUCUCCAUUCAUUGUCCUGUUUGCUUGCCUGUUAGCUGUGCUGCGCUGUACCCUCCCCUCUUUUUGCAGCCGCCGCCCUAUCGCUGCUCAAGACACCACACACUCUCCCACACGCACACACACACACACCACUAU